AUGAAUUUCGCUGCGUUGAAGUUGAAGCUGAGGUUGAAACUGAUGGCUAAUGACGUAAGAAACUUUGACGAAAUCGUGGCCCUACGUACCGCCGAGAGAGUGAUGGAGCUCUCAAUGUCAUCCCUCCAACAAGAGAUUACAGAUCGUGAUAAGAUCAUUAUCUCCAUCCAGUGCCGAAAAAGUCUGUUGAAAGAGCUGGUAGAAAGACACAACGGAAUGAUACGGACUAUCAAACUAAUGAACGCCUGUUAUGCAUUUCCCGUUUUGAUUCUUGUCCAGACUUCUUCAUUUCUCGCAGCAUUUACAUUAUCUCAAGCAAUACAGGUUAACAAUCUGCCAAUGUGGGAUAUUAUGUACUUGGUAAAUGCUGGGUGUGGAGUGUUAUUGAUUGUAGGCUGUGCCUGCUACUUUGGACAGAUGAUAGAAGAUGAGUCUGAAAACCUACGACGCGCUUUGUACGAGUACAACUGGUACAACCGAUCCCGGCGCUUCAAGACCAGUCUGAUGAUCAUGAUGGCCGUGGCCACUCGACCCCUGCGACUCAGGGCUGGCAGAAUCUACACACUUAACCUUGAGACCUUCUCUUAUGCAGACCCAGACACAAGGAACAACAUCCCGAGUAACAUGGAAAUGUUCCUGCUGAUCGUCCUGCGCCAGGUGAUGGAGCAGUACGAGGACUUCAGAUGGUGUCCUCUGAAACAAGGAACUUGUUUAGGGUUGAAGCCGUUAGAUACAGUGCCGUAA